UCGUUAAAAAUUUUGUUAGGCAGUCAGUGAGACGGCAGUGCGCCGGAUGCAUCGACAGCUUGGAGCCAGAAUAGACUGUGAAAUACUGCUGUUGCGUACUCAGCGAAUACUAAUUUAUUAUGUAUAUAUUGUGUAUAUUUAAUUAUAAUGUGUUCAAGAACAAACGCGUAGAUAAGAGUGUAUUGUGGUUCUAAGAAAUGCUGUUAAAAAAAUUAAGGGAAAUAUAAAAAUACAUUUGAAUACCAACAAAUAUAUAUUAUAUAUUAUGUAUAUAUAUGUAUAUAUACAUAUAUUUAGUGCUGCGUUGCGUUAAUUUGUAGCGUGUGACGGUUGUGUAGUAAGCGGUGUUUUCGCAUAAUUUAUUGUUGUAUAUGAAAAUAAAUUUAUAGUAUUUAAUUAAAGACAAAUUGUUUACGCGCUAUAAAAUCAUUAAUAAAUACAAGAAAAAAUGCCAUCGCAGUGUAUAUUCGAAUUCGAUCGGCCGGAACCGGUUUACUAUAGCGGCGAAAUAAUUAAUGGACGCAUUAACUUGCAUACAACCAGCGAGAAGACCGUUAGAGAAGUCUACAUACUGUUUGUCGGCGAAGCGAAGGUGCGCUGGGAAGAGAGCCGCACACGCUCUAGGGAUGGCAAAACCGAGCACUAUAACGAAUAUUAUCGCGCUAACGAAACUUAUCUACACUCGAAAACAUGCGUACAUGGCGAGGGUACGCUGCAGCCUGGCACAUAUACUUAUACCUUUUGUAUACCAUUACCGCUGGAGUGUCCGACAUCGUGUGUGGAGAAAUAUGGUAAAAUUGCAUACGAACUGUCGUUGGUGAUAGAUAGACCGUAUCGCUUCGAUAAUGUAUUCAAAAAGCCGCUAACGGUUCUAUACCAAGUGAAUUUGAAUAUGCUGCCAGAGUUAUUGAUACCUAUCAAAAAUGAGGAUAUCAAAUACUUUUGCUGCUGGCCAUGUUCUUCCGGACCGGUGAUAUCCACACUGACCAUACCGUUUGGCGGUUAUGCGCCUGGCCAGCGUAUUAAAUACGUACUCGAAAUAGACAAUCAAUCGACUGGCUAUGAUUUGGAAGAUGGCGUCGAAUUGAAACUGACACAGAUUUACAGCUUCGAGGCACAUACGCCGCACAGAAAGACACGCUAUCACAGCAAUGCAUUGGCACGCGCCGAACAGGGUAUGCAAUGCUUGAGACUGUCAAAGCGCCUAAUCGAGGGCUCACUGCUAAUACCGCCUGUGCCGCCUACCUCGAAUCGAAAUUAUAUAAUUGGUGUGCGUUAUGAGAUUAAAAUGUCCAUAAAUACCGGUUGUUGCCACACAGAUUCCGAAAUAGUCAUACCCAUAACAAUUGGAACGGUGCCUUUGGCACAGAGUGCUACCAAUCCAGAAAAUGCAAUUGGCUUGUUGCCAACGGCACCAGCAAUUCCCGAUACACCGGGCACACCAACUGGCAGCGAUGCGCCGCCGAAUUAUGAGAAAUUCAAGCCACCUUCCUUCGACGAGGCCACCACCAUUGGUGGAAAGUUCAUCGAUCGUGAUGUGGAUGAGCGUAAUCGUACCGAUGAAUUUAUACCCAGAUAUCCGAUGUAUACGAAUUUCGCUGUGCCCACAGCGCCGUCUGCCGUGGGGAGUGAUGGCGUCGAUGCACCAUUAUUGACAUCGUAUACUGCACCACCACCUUAUGACCUAGAUGGUCAGCAGAACAAUCAACCGGCGACACGCGCCACAGCAGGCUAUGGCUGGAAUAGUUGAAGUUUUUAUUCCUGCAGUGCGACUCUCUUAAAUGGCCUACAUUUACUGUUAUAGGCGACUAUACUUACAGUUUUGAUGUUCAAACCGAUUUUGCAAUCUCUUUUGUAUAUGAAUUUGCUUAAAAAGUCAAUAAACUAAAGUUUACCAUAUUUUACACACUAAAA